AUGGAACCAGGAAAUCAAACAAGUGUUUCAGAAUUUUUACUCCUGGGAUUUUCGCAAGACCCAGAGCAUCAGCCUAUCCUAUUUGGGUUGUUCCUCUCCAUGUUUGUGGUCACCGUGCUCGGGAAUCUGCUCAUCAUCCUGGCCAUCAGCUCUAACUCCCACCUCCACACCCCUAUGUACUUCUUCCUGUCCAACUUAUCCUUUGCUGACAUCUGUUUCACCUCCACCACUGUCCCAAAGAUGCUGCUGAACAUCCAGACACGGAGCAAAUCCAUCAGCUAUGCAGGCUGUAUCACCCAGAUGUAUUUUUUUAUGGUUUUUGGAGGUAUGGACACUUUUCUACUCACUGUGAUGGCUUAUGACCGGUUUGUGGCCAUCUGUCACCCAUUGCACUACCCAGUCAUCAUGAACCCCAGCUUAUGUGGCCUGCUGGUUCUUGUGUCCUCGUUCAUCAGCUUGUCAUACUCCCUGAUCCAGAGUCUGUUGAUGUUGAGACUUUCCUUCUGUACCAAUUGGGUAAUUCCACACUUUUACUGUGAACUUGCUCAGGCUCUCAUGCUUGCCUGCUCAGACACACUUGUCAAUCACAUCCUGCUGUAUAUGGUGACUGGCUUUCUUGGCAUUGCUCCCUUCUCAGGCAUUCUUUUCUCCUAUACUCGAAUUGUCUCCUCAAUCUUGAGAAUCCCAUCAGCUGAUGGGAAAUAUAAAGCAUUUUCUACCUGUGCAUCUCACCUGUCUGUGGUUUCUUUAUUCUAUGGGACAGGCCUGGGUGUGUAUCUCAGUCCUGAUGCAUCUUCCUGGAGGGGCAUGACUGUCUCAGUGAUGUACACUGUGGUCACCCCAAUGCUGAAUCCCUUCAUCUACAGCCUGCGGAACAGCGACAUUAAGAGGGCUGUACAAAAAGUUCUCACUCAGGUGAGCUACUGGUUGGCCAUACUCUUGGAGUAUUGCCAUACAUUGUAG